AUGCCCUUCGGCAGUCGUCACCGUGUUGUUGCGGAAGUGCUAGUGAUGCUCACCGCUGUCAGUUGCUUUCAUUCCUCUGAGCAGAUUUAACUCACCGGUCCGUGUUUGUAGCCACAUCACUUAUAUAUAAAAUAACUACUGGAGUAAUGGCGGCUCUGAAAUACGCAGGUAUGGACGAUACAGACAGUGAGGACGAGUUACCGCCCGGGUGGGAAGAGAGGUCUACUAAAGAUGGAUGGGUCUACUAUGCGAGCCAUGAUGAGAUGAAGACACAGUGGGAACACCCCAAGACUGGAAAGAAAAAGCGUUGUGCUGGAGAUUUACCGUAUGGCUGGGAGCAAGAAACCGAUGAAAAAGGACAGAUCAUUUAUGUUGAUCACAUUAACAAGCGGACCACAUAUUUUGAUCCGCGUCAGGCGUUCACAGUAGAGGAUGUGGUGGUGAAGCCAAAGCGAUACGAUGGCAACACUGCUGCUCUCGAGAUCCUGCAAGGUCGCGACUUCUCUGACAAGGUUGUCGUCAUCACUGGGGGCAACUCGGGCGUCGGCUUUGAGACAGCCAGGUCUUUUGCUCUUCACGGCGCCCAUGUGAUUCUGGCGUGUCGGAACCUGUCCCGGGCCAUCAAGGCCAGUAGCCUCAUACAGCAGGAGUGGCACAGAGCACGAGUGGAAGCCAUGAUGUGCGACCUGGCCUCUCUCCGCAGUGUCCGGGAGUUUGCUGAGUCUUUCAAGGCCAAGAAGCUGCCCUUGCACAUCCUGGUGUGUAAUGCAGGAGUGUGCACUCAACCCUGGAGCCUGACGGAGGACGGCCUGGAGUCCACCUUCCAGAUCUGCCACCUAGGUCACUUCCUUCUUGUCCAGUGCCUGCAGGACGUGCUGCGCUGCUCAGCGCCCGCCCGCGUUGUUGUCGUGUCUUCAGAGUCUCACAGGUUCACGGACCUUCUAGACACGUGUGGUAAGGUGGACCUCUCGCUGCUGUCCCCCCCGAAGAAGGAGUACUGGUCCAUGCUGGCGUACAAUCGGGCCAAACUCUGUAACGUUCUCUUCAGCAAUGAGCUCAACCGCCGCCUCUCGCCUCAUGGCGUCACCUCCAACGCAUUGCAUCCUGGGAACCUGAUGUACACCUCAAUCCACCAGAGCUGGUGGCUGAUGACCUUUCUCUUCACGCUGGCCAGACCUUUCACCAAGUCCAUGCAACAAGGGGCGGCCACCACGGUGUACUGCGCCGUGGCCCCGGAGCUGGAGGGGCUGGGAGGCAUGUACUUCAACAACUGCUUCCGCUGCCUGCCGUCCAUGCAGGCCCAGGACCAGAGCUGCGCCGCCAGACUGUGGGAGCUGAGCGAGCGCCUGGUGGCAGAGACGUCUGCGGGGGUGAAGGCCCUCUGAUGGACAUGAGGACGAGGAGCAGGAUGAGGAAGAGGAGGGGGACUAGCCAAAAAGUAAUAAAAAUCAUGUCGACGUCCAGUUUGAUAUAAACUGAAGAAAAGAUAACUGCACUCUGACUGCACUAUACAAGAGCUGCCAACCACGGACGUCCAUCACGUGACUACAGGGGCUAAAACACACUACAUAUACAGUACAGGGGGGGGGAUCCAUAUACACUAUUGAAUAAAAAAAUCAAAGUCUUAGUUGUGUGCAGCUCUGUUGUGGUUCUUUACAGUGGGGGGCAGGAGAAGAUUUGGGAUGAAUUCAUGGGUCUUACAGUUUGUUCUUACUCUCUUUUAUAAACUUGUUACGUCUAUUUCAGGACUGUGUAUUUGAAAAUGACCUGUUCUCGCUAACAGCACAUGGUUAAUGAAUAAGCAUCCACUCCAAAGCUUAUGCAUCUGAUUCCAGUAUUAGUGAACCACCCGGCGAAUAUUCUGUCUUUCCAAUUAUUGUCUGUGUUUUCAGUUUCCUGUUGUCGAGCUCUAUGUAGAUAAUGAUGUUUCCUAUCCAGAUACAGUGAGAAUUGUUUAAGCAUUGUGCUAAAUCUUUUUUUUUGGGCACAAAAGAAAUAAGGAGUAAUGGGCAUGUGACACUUAUGGAUAUAUAAACACACUAGAAGUAUGAUCCUUAUGGCUAUAUACAUUAUUCUGCAAUAGUUUCAUCUCCUAUCAAUGUCCCUAUUCGUUUACUGUACAAUAUUUACAUCCUGAUUUCGGGGCAUGUGCUAAAAGGGUGUGGACAUCAUAUUUUUUCUGUUCGCUAUCGGACUCAGCCUAAGUAUUAAUAAUCUAUACUCUGGUAAGUCUUAAUUACAAUUUGGAGGUAUUAACGGGAUGAUCUGUGUCCACUUGAACACAGUUGGUGGAGAAUAUUAUUUCCAGAGUCCGUGAUCUUUAAUUUCUGUGUUUCCUCCCUUGAUGUUUGACCAGAAAAAUAUGGGAUUUCAGUCUCUUGUUGUUUUUUUUUUUCUUCUUCAUCGUUGUAUUAAUGUUGAACUCUGGCCUUGGGUUUGUUUCUCUGUUUGGACGCUUUAGAGACCUUGUGCUUUAUGGCAGUCGGGAUGCCGUAGGUUGCUCUUGAAACAUCAGCGUUCCAGUGUCAUAUCUGUAAGAAAACACAAACAAAAAGUAUCGUGAGAUAAGAUUCAGCAAGUAACAUGUGUGUGAAAUCUUUUUAACCACAGAAAGUGAAAUGUCCAUUCAUGUGCGCGCCAUUAGAGGGAGAUGUGUGUGUGUAGAGAAACAACACUGAAGCCUUGCCGCUGCCACACUGUGUUUGAUGAUACAAAAAUAAAACCAUAUAAUUUUU